UCGAUGUCCUGCCUGGCGCUCGCCAUGAGCAGGGUCCUGGCUCUCGUGGGCUUGCUGACCGGCCUGGCCUUCCUGUCCCUGCCGCCCGCGGGAUGUCAGCCGACGGCCGACGACCCCUGCUCGCUGCAGAUUCUUGUCCCCGGCCUCAAAGGGGACACGGGGGAGAAGGGAGACAAAGGAGCCCCAGGGAGGCCCGGAAGAGUCGGCCCCACGGGAGACAAAGGAGACGUGGGGGACAAAGGACAGAAGGGCAGUGUGGGUCGCCAUGGAAAAUUCGGUCCCGUUGGUGCGAAAGGUGAGAAAGGAGAUUCUGGUGACAUUGGACCCCCUGGCCCGAAUGGAGAACCAGGCGUGCCGUGCGAGUGCAGCCAGCUGAGGAAGGCCAUCGGGGAGAUGGACAACCACGUCACCCAGCUGGCGGCCGAGCUGAGGUUCAUCAAGAAUGCCGUGGCCGGCGUGCGGGAGACGGAGAGCAAGAUCUACCUGCUGGUGAAGGAGGAGAAGCGCUACGCCGAGGCGCCAGCCUGCCAGGGCCGGGGGGGCGCCCUGGGCAUGCCCAAGGACGAGGCCACCAACGGGCUGAUGGCCGCCUACCUGGCGCAGGCCGGCCUGGCCCGCGUCUUCAUCGGCAUCGACGACCUGGAGCGGGAGGGCACCUUCCUGUACGCCGACCGCUCCCCCAUGCAGACCUUCCACAAGUGGCGCGGCGGGGAGCCCAACAACGCCUUCGACGAGGAGGACUGCGUGGAGAUGGUGGCCUCGGGGGGCUGGAACGACGUGGCCUGCCACACCACCAUGUACUUCAUGUGCGAGUUCGACAAGGAGAGCGUGUGAGCGGCGGGGGGG